AUGGCCAAGCGGAAGCGCUGCGCAAAUGCGCAAGCUCAGGUCGUGAAGAAGCAAUCCACAGCGGGCAUCCCAAGUCCACCACAAGAGGCGAAUCCACUCGAACCAGCAAGCGUACACUCUAUAAUCUCGUCUGAAGAGAUUGAGGUCGCUAUAGAGACACUACAGACUUUAUCUGCGCAUCCGCUCCUGAUCAAGUCAAAAGCGUGCAAGGACCUUAGGACUGCCGUAUACGACUUUCGUCAAGCAUGUACUACUGGCCUGAACUCGGCUGAUGGCAGCAACCUCACUGCGCGCAUAUCAGGUGCCCUUACAGACGCCAAAUACACGGAAGCCCUGAUCUUAUUGGCGGAAAUGAAGAUUCGAAAAGAGACUCCGACGCUGGGCGCUCUUUGUCGAUGGGUACGUACUCUGGACGUUGUUUCCGGGCUCUCGAUUCAUGUGCAGGUUCCUAGUCACGAAGUGGUUGGUAAGAAUGCGCAAAAUGACGAGUUAGUCGGAGUGUUGGAUUCAAUUCUAAGAGUCACGGGUCCGACGGACUCGACAGCUCAUGGCACAGACGUCGCAUCAGGCAUCUCAUUACAAGACACUUGGGAUCUGCGAAGUGCCAACAAGCCUACUCGUCCGACAAGACGAAGCGUUGAGGACAAGAGCAUCUUCAAGUCAUGCCCCCCGGAUCUUAAAAACCGCUUUCGCAUUAUCGAAACUACACCUGGACUCCAGCGCAAACCGCCGAAUCUUCAUCCCGCGAUCUUGUACGCUUCCCAAGACGACGCUGUGCUGCUUGGCAAAGGACCCAAAACAGAGUGUUUCAAGCACCCAAUUGUGCCUAAUCUUCGCCUGAUCAAGGACGUGCUUUCUCCAGAAGAAUGCUCCGCUAUCAUCGCGGCUGGAGAAACUAUAGGGUUCAUACCAGAUGCCCCGAUGCGACCACAAGGUGAAGACACGAGUGUGCUAGCACACAAUUUCUACUGGAUCGUCGACCAAGCCUUCCACGACAAGCUCUGGGACAGAGUGAAGGGCUUUGUGCCGGAGAGCGUGGCUGGCAAGAAAGUGCGAGGUAUUAACCGACGCUUCAGAGUGUAUAGGUAUGUGCCUGGUGCGGAAUAUCGUAUGCAUAUUGACGGCGCAUGGCCACCUUCUGGUAUCGACCCUGUCACUGAUGCCUAUCAGUAUGAUGCAUCGCCGGCCAACGCUCGCCAAUCCUCUCUCUUCACAUUCCUUAUCUACCUUAACGAUGAGUUCAAGGGUGGCGAAACGACUUUCUUCAUUCCAAGUGUCAAGGAAGCUGUUAUCAACGCCUACCCAGUCAAACCUAUCAUGGGUAGUGUUGCAGUAUUCCCGCACGGUGAAGCCCAAGGCGCAAUCCUUCACGAGGGCACUGGAGUUGUUGAAGGCGCAAAGUAUGUGAUUAGAACGGAUGUUGAAUAUGACGUCGAUAUCACGGCAUGA